UGACAGUGCGUUUGGCUCCACCUAUCGGCUCACCGUGCGUUGUGCACUCAACAUGGCGGCACCCGUUCGGUCUGUACCACAAGUUCACAUUUAGCGACAACAACGAACGGUGUAUGAUAUUAUCGAUAUUUAACGGUUGUGAUGUCCAGACUGGCUGUAGUGUUCGGAGGUUCACGUGGCAUUGGGCGAGCAGUUUCUCAGCUGUUAGCACAGAGGGGUCAUAGGGUUGUGGUGUUGUCUAGGAAUAAGAAUGCUGCACAAGCUACAACUGAAUCUCUCCCUGGAGAAAAACAUUUGGCUCUAAGCUGUGAUGUCUCUAAAGAAGAUGACGUUCAGAGAGCGUUUGAGACCAUCAGUAAGACCUGUGGCACUGUGGGAUACCUGGUUAACGCAGCGGGUAUCAACAGAGAUGCUCUGUUAUUGAGGAGUAAAUCUGAAGACAUGAUGUCUGUUCUGCACACCAACCUGCUGGGCUCAAUGCUGACAUGCAGAGGCGCACUACGGAGCAUGCUCAGUCAUGGAGGAGCUAUUGUCAACAUAGGCUCUGUGGUGGGUGUAAAGGGUAACUCCGGUCAGUGUGUGUACAGUGCCAGUAAAGCCGGACUGGAGGGAUUCACACGCUCACUGGCGAAGGAAGUUUCUUCCCGGAAUAUACGAGUGAACUUGGUGGCUCCAGGAUUUGUUCGGACAGACAUGACGACAGGGCUGGAGAAGGAAGAAGCGGUAAGAAGAAUUCCACUGGGUCGUUUUGGGGAACCUGCAGAGGUGGCCCAAGCUGUCCUUUUCCUUUUGGAGUCUCCUUAUAUCACAGGACAAGUUCUGCUUGUGGAUGGAGGACUACAGCUGGCAUUGUGAUUCUGCUAAUAGAGCAUGUGAGCCAACUGUAUGCUUUUGUUAUGCAGCUGAUAAUAUACAAUAACUAUUUACAGACUGCGUCAGAUCUUGAUAUUGUUAAACACCUCCUCAUCGCUCUGAGUCACACGUAAUAUUGUGUAAGAGCAGUUUUGGCUGGAUUGGAUUAACGGUAUUUUUAGUUCACUGGAGUUUUUGGGUUAUGGCUACAUGUUCCAAACUUGGAAAGACAGAGAUCACAGGUCAACGUGUGGAGGAUAUGACUCGAUGUCAGAGUAUUUUCAGCAUCCAAAUCAGCUGUGAAACAUUACACUUAAAAUUAGUUAAAGGGUUAGUUCACCCAAAAAUGAAAAUUCUGUCAUUAAUUACUCACGGUUAUGUCGUUCUAAACCCGUAAGACUUUCGUUCAUCUUUGGCAAUGUUCAUUUUGAUAGCAAAUUUUGAUUUAGUCUUAGUAAUAGACUUUGACUAGAAUGCCAUUUAGUUCUAGUCAUAUUUUAGUCAUAUGAAUUGUUUUAGUUUUAGUAUAGUUUCAGUUGAUUUAGCUUUAGAGCUUGCAGACAGCAAGGACCACGUUCAGGGUUCAAAAAGGUACCAAGAACAUAGACGAAAAAAGUCAUGUGACAUCAGUGGUUCAAUUAUAAUUUUAUGAAGCUACAAGAAUACUUUUUGUUGCGCAUAAGAACUAAAAUAACUUUAUUUAACAAUCCUUCUCCUCCAUGUUACCUAGUGCCAAAAAUUGUUGAUUUAACACAUUUUAGGGUUUUUUUGGUGCACAAAAGUAUUCUCGUAGCUUCAUAAAAUUGCAGUUGAACCAUUGAUGUCACCUGGACUAUUUUGUCGAUGUUCUUGAUACAUACCCUAUUGAAAAAAACAGCAUAUGCUGGUAGGUAUGUUUUGAUGCUGGUUUAAACUGGUCCUUUGCUGGUCCUUGACCAGCAUCAAAACCUACCUAACCAGCAUCCCAGCAUCAAACAUACCUACCAGCACCUGCUGGUUUUUUCACCAGGGUAUCUGGACCUUGAGCGUGGUAGGACUCUUGCCGUCUAAGCCUGGGUCAGAAAGUCUCGGAUUUCAUCAAAAAUAUCUUAAUUUGUGUUCUGAAGACGAACAAAGGUCUUGGAACGACAUGAGGGUGAGUAAUUAAUGACAACUUUUAUUUUUGGGUGAACCAUCCAUUUAACCAAAUAAUUUAAGAAAAAUACAAUGGCUAGGCCAAUUUAAAAGUAAUGUAUUCUAUCCUUUUCACCAUCAAAAAAAUACAGAUUAACCAAAUUUAGCUUUGAGAGAUGUUUUUGCCAAGAGCAAUUGGACUCAACCCAAACUCAAUCAUUUCAGAGACGUUUAUUUAUUGUACUAUUCAUAAACCAGAAGAGAAUAAGGAGAACAGUCCGUAUACAGGCACAGGUUGGCUUGGAAAACAAAAUAUUGCAAAGUAAGAAUUUCCUAAAAUCUGUCUAUUUGAAGGAUAAACAGCUGUGUAAGAAAAAAAAAACAUAUGCAAAUCACAGGCUUAUAUGUGUAUAUUGUUAUGCUAUAUUGUUUUGUAUAUACCUUGCAAAUGUGUGAGAUGAUGGCUAAACUAUUUGAACUCCCAACUGAGUGCUCGACUGAUCAAAGCAAAUGUUGAGAGAACGCUAAUAUUGUUACAAAGACGGAAUAUGUUUGAGUUACUUAAAAAGCCAAUGAAAUAUAAUUUAUAAAAUCA